GGGGAAAGGGGGGCGAGGGACCUUGGCUAAGGCGACGGUGGCAGCUUAGGCACCCGAGGCUGGCGGUAGUGGCGGCUCCUUGUGCGGCUCGGCCAACUUUUUAGUUUGAAACGGAACGGAACGGAACGCUGGGCGUCGCGGGCCCCGCCCGGAAAGUUUGCUGAGGAGCCACGACCUCUUGGCCGGCGCGGCCCGGCAUGAAGCGGCGCUGAGGAGUCUCCUCCGCCGCCGCCGCUUGAGGAGCUGCAGUACCUCGGACCACGCCGAUGACUACUGCAAACUGUGGCGCCCACGACGAGCUCGACUUUAAACUCGUCUUUGGCGAGGACGGGGCGCCGCCACCGCCGCCCCCGGGCUCGCGGCCUGCAGAUCUUGAGACAGAUGAUUGUGCAUCCAUUUUCAUCCUUAAUGUAGAUCCACCUCCAUCUACUUUAAACUCAUCGCUUUGCUUACCACAUCAUGGAUUACCGUCUCACUCUUCUGUUUUGUCACCAUCGUUUCAGCUCCAAGGUCACAAGAACUAUGAAGGAACUGUUGAUGUUCCUGAAUCUAAAUAUAGCCCAUUAGGUGGUCCCAAGCCCUUUGAAUGCCCAAGUAUUCAAAUUACAUCUAUUUCACCUAACUGUCAUCAAGAAACAGAUGCAUGUGAAGAUGAUCUACAUAUAACUGACCCAGAAGGGGAAUAUUUGGAGAGGCCUUCUAGAGAUCAUCUCUAUCUUCCUCUUGAGCCGUCCUACCGGGAGUCUUCCCUUAGUCCUAGUCCUGCCAGCAGCAUCUCUUCUAGGAGCUGGUUUUCAGAUGCUUCUUCUUGUGAAUCUCUUUCACACAUUUAUGAUGAUGUGGACUCGGAGUUGAAUGAAGCUGCUGCCCGAUUUACUCUUGGAUCCCCUCUGACUUCUCCAGGUGGCUCACCAGGGGGCUGCCCUGGAGAAGAGUCCUGGCAUCAACAGUAUGGACUUGGGCAUUCCUUGUCACCCAGGCAAUCGCCUUGCCACUCUCCUAGAUCCAGUAUCACUGAUGAGAAUUGGCUGAGCCCCAGGCCAGCUUCAGGUCCUUCAUCAAGGCCUACCUCCCCCUGUGGGAAACGGCGGCACUCCAGUGCUGAAGUUUGUUAUGCCGGGCCUCUUUCACCCCAUCACUCACCUGUUCCUUCUCCUGGUCACUCCCCUAGGGGAAGUGUAACAGAAGAUACCUGGCUCAAUGUCUCUGUCCACAGUGGGUCAAGCCUUGGCCCUGCACUUUUUCCCUUUCAAUACUGUGUAGAAACUGAUAUCCCUCUGAAAACAAGGAAGACAUCUGAAGAUCAAGCUGCCAUACUACCAGGAAAAUUAGAGCUCUGUUCAGAUGAUCAAGGGAGUGUAUCACCAUCUCGGGAGACUUCAAUAGAUGAUGGCCUUGGAUCUCAGUAUCCUUUAAAGAAAGAUUCAUCUGGUGACCAAUUUCUUUCAGUUCCUUCACCCUUUACUUGGAACAAACCAAAGCCUGGCCAUACCCCAAUAUUUCGCACAUCUUCAUUGCCUCCAUUAGACUGGCCUUUACCAACUCACUUUGGACAAUGUGAACUGAAAAUAGAAGUACAACCUAAAACACAUCAUCGAGCCCAUUAUGAAACUGAAGGUAGCCGAGGGGCAGUAAAAGCAUCUACUGGGGGCCAUCCUGUUGUGAAGCUCCUGGGCUAUAGUGAAAAGCCGAUAAAUCUACAGAUGUUUAUUGGAACAGCAGAUGAUCGAUAUUUACGACCUCAUGCAUUUUACCAGGUGCAUCGAAUCACUGGAAAGACAGUUGCCACUGCAAGCCAAGAAAUAAUAAUUGCCAGCACAAAAGUUCUAGAAAUUCCACUUCUUCCUGAAAAUAAUAUGUCAGCCAGUAUUGACUGUGCAGGUAUUUUGAAACUCCGCAAUUCUGAUAUAGAACUUCGAAAAGGAGAAACUGAUAUUGGCAGAAAGAAUACUAGAGUACGACUUGUAUUUCGUGUACACAUCCCACAGCCCAGUGGAAAAGUUCUUUCUCUACAGAUAGCUUCUAUACCUGUUGAGUGCUCCCAGCGGUCUGCUCAAGAACUUCCUCAUAUUGAGAAGUACAGUAUCAGCAGCUGCCCUGUAAAUGGAGGCCAUGAAAUGAUUGUGACUGGAUCUAAUUUUCUUCCAGAAUCCAAAAUCAUUUUUCUUGAAAAAGGCCAAGAUUUCCUAAUUGUCAUUUGUACCCUGGAUUUUGUUGUAAAUGUCAAAUUCUCCAGUGAAGCUCACAUUGUCCUUGAAGUUCCUCCCUAUCAUAACCCAGCAGUUACAGCUGCAGUGCAGGUGCACUUUUAUCUUUGCAAUGGCAAGAGGAAAAAAAGCCAGUCUCAACGUUUUACUUACACACCAGUUUUGAUGAAGCAAGAACACAGAGAAGAAAUUGAUUUGUCUUCAGUUCCACCUUUACCUGUGCCUCAUUCUGCCCAGACUCAGAGGUCUUCCUCAGAUCCAGGGCACCCACAUGACAAUGUCCUGUCAGCACAGAGAAGCUUGAUUUGUCCUGUCCAGCAACCAUAUGCAUCCUUGGUAACCUCAUCUCAUUUACCACAGUUGCAGUGUAGGGAUGAGGGUACUGGUAAAGAACAACAUAUAACACCUUCAGUAGUACACCAGCCUUUUCAAGUUACACCAACCUCUCCGGUGGGGUCUUCCUAUCAGCCUAUGCAAAGUAAUGUGUAUAAUGGACCAACUUGUCUUCCUGUUAAUGCUGCCUCUAGUCAAGAAUUUGAUCCAGUUUUGUUUCAGCAGGAUACAGCUUUUCCUAGUUUAGUAAAUCUUGGUUGUCAACCACUGUCAUCUGUUCCAUUUCAUUCUUCAAAUUCAGGCUCAGCAGGACAUCUCUUAGCACAUACACCUCAUUCUGUGCAAACCUCACCUAAUCUGCAAUUAAUGGGAUACCGUUGUUCAAACACAGGACAGAGAUCUCUUUCUUCUCCAGUGGCCGACCAGGUCGGAGGUCAGCUUUCCCCUCAGUUGCAACUUAUUACUUAUGGUCCUUCACAUUCAGGAUCUGCUGCAACAGUUUCCCCAACAGCUCCUCAUCCCCUGGCUAGUUCUCCACUUUCUGGGCCACCAUCCCCUCAACUACAGUCCAUGCCUUACCAAUCUCCUAGCUCAGGAACUGCUUCAUCGCCAUCUCUAGCCACCAGAAUGCAUUCUGGACAGCGCUUGACUCAAGCACAAAGUACAGACCAAGGAGGUCUUUCUGCACCUUCGUCCUUAAUAUGUCACAGUUUGUGUGAUCCAGCAUCAUUUUCCCCUGACGGGACAACUGUGAGCAUUAAACCUGAACCUGAAGAUCGAGAACCCAACUUUGCAACCAUUGGUCUACAGGACAUCACUUUAGACGAUGUGAACGAGAUAAUUGGAAGAGAUAUGUCCCAGGUGUCUGUUUCCCAAGGCCCACAAAUUAGCAGAGAGACUCCUCACCUGGGUCCCGAGUCCCUGGAUUGAAGAUCUGACCAGCUCUGACAGUGCUUACUGCAGCCUUGUGUCCACCACCAACUUCUCAGCAUGUUUCUCUUUUGGACCUUGAAUUUCCAAUUCUUUCGCCUUCAGGACCGAUGCCAGGGAGUGGACUCAGGGUUUGUGGAGAGUGGCAUUCCUCCACCUCUGGCCUUGGUUAGAUUUUGUAAAAGAAUCAGAGCAGCAUGGGCUGUUGAGCUGUGGAAAAAUGAGCUUUGCAUUUUUGUAUAUUUAAAUAGGAUACUUUUAUAUGAUGGGUGCUUCGAGUGUGAAUGCAGCAGGUUCUCCUUUUCAGAGCUGUUGCUUUUGCAAAUGACUUGGUUGUGUAGCUAGGAUUGGUGAUUUAUAUUUUCUGGUCAUUUGAAGGGCCCUUUAGUUUUGAUACCUUAAAAAUAGGAACUUUUGAUAAAACCUUCUAGAGGCAAGUGGGGGAAAAAUUAUCCUAAGCCCGUAACUAUGCCUCAGAAACUCAGCAUGUAUCCUGAAGCCAUAGAUUUAUAGGAAAUAAAGCCAAAUAUAGCUCAUACUCUUCAUAAAAGUAAAUUGUUAGGUAAAACAAGAAGAGACCAUUCCAUCAUUGAAGUGUUGGAAUAUAAAGACAUUCCAGAGCAUAGCCUUUUUAUAACUUUCUAGGUCAUCUUCCUGCAGUCUCUCCUUACUGGCUCCAUAUUGAAACUAUUUUUCUUUCAAGAGUGUAAGAUGGCUACUUGCAAGGUGACUUUGAAAGCAGUUAUGAAGCAGUCUUACUUGGAAACUUCUAUGUUUUUGCCAUCCUAAAAACUAGUGCUCUAUUUGGCCCCAAAUUCUUUUCCAGGUAGAACAUCUUCCUUUGGGGGUUCUGUUACCUUUGAAGCAGGUCUCCUGAUGGCUCAGGCAGCUGCGCAGUUGUGACUGUGCUGGAGGCCAACCCAGCUGUAUCAGGAGCUAAACACAAUGAGCUGUAAAUCAGGAUGGGCAGAGAACAUGCAAGAUUCCAGAUGGGAAGCCUUACCUCCCAUUCUGUUUACAGCUCGAAAUCAUUCUGGCCUACCCCAUCCCAUGUGUAUGACCUAAACACCAGCUUCUCCAGAAAGCACUAAAGUAUGUCUAAAAUGAGGUGGCAUCAUAGAUCUUAUGCUCCACACCAAAGAUGCCCUGGUGCUGCUGCAAGUGACUGGCAUCCAAGGCAGGGUCCAGCAGAAACUCCAGCCUAUCUACCAAAGGUGUGCCCAAAUUGGGUACUUUUUCCAAAUCCCACCCUUAAACCUGCCUCCAGUGGGAUUUGUUACUCGUUUCUAGGCAUAUUUCAAAAGUCCUGAAGUUUGUAGUAUACCUUUUAAAUGAAAUAAACUUCUAUUCAGGAAGCAAAUGUGUUGAGUGCCUACACCUGAGAGUGUGUUGGGCUGGUUGAAGACUUGAUGUUAUUCAAGUGGAUUGUGGACCUUGGGUGCCAGGACAUUUUCUUCUAAGGUCAAGUCAGGCCUGAACAAAGAGCUGAUGUGUUGGUCACCACUUCUACUCAGCAACAUAGGAGCUGUUAGUCUGUAUGAAGCAUGGCUUUUUUUUUUUUUAAAAAGCCCAUUUUAGAUUUCUCCCAUCAAAAUAGAGAACAGUAUUAUUCAACAAAUCACUAUAGCCCCUCUUAGAGGUGGGUGUUUCAAAUUUUCUUGGAAAGUGGAUUAUGUGUCUCAAGAGUGGGUAGUCAGAUUUGCUUCAGGGCCUUGGUUGGAAGCCCACAGCUUCCUUCAGAAGGGUAGGAGGCUGGACUCUCAGGUAAAGUUCAGAGACAUGGCCAGAGUUGCUUCUACCCUCUUGCCCCUAAAGUAGCUGCCUCACAUAGGGUCCUGCAAGACCCUCAAGAAUAAAAGCCUCUAUGAUCCAGAGUUGCUAUGCACCAAAUUAUGAUGCCUUUUAAAUACCUUGAUGCCUGUAGCACUAGAAAUGCUUUCCUAUUUAAAAUAAAGGUUAAAUUUUAAAAUAGAGCUUUGUAUACUAUGUAAGCCAUUUUAUAUUAGCUUUGUAAAAGCUUUCAUGUAAGAGUCAGUAUUUUUUGGCCUUGUAGAUAAGGAGUUCAAUUUUUUGUGCAACAGAGUGGUAUUAAAGUACACAUCCACUGGA